UCCUAAGGGCAAGGUGGGAGGUAGCGGGUUUGCUCUCACUCGGCUGCAGGGGCGAUGCUGUGGACGCUGGCCAGGGCGUUGGCUUUUCCGAGACCCGGCCGAGGCCGGGCCGGCGGGAGGGGGCUGUGGACCGGCCGCCUGCAGUCAGAUACUGAUAGUAUGAAGCCACUGGAGGGUGUGAGAAUUCUGGAUCUAACAAGAGUACUGGCAGGACCUUUUGCCACGAUGAAUUUAGGCGACCUUGGAGCAGAAGUUAUAAAGGUGGAAAGACCAGGAGCUGGUGAUGACACACGAACUUGGGGACCUCCUUUUGUGGACACAGAAAGUACAUAUUUUCUCAGUGUUAAUCGAAAUAAAAAAAGUAUAGCUGUUAAUAUCAAGGAUCCGAGAGGGGUGAGAAUCGUCAAAGAGCUUGCAGCCAUUAGUGAUGUGUUUGUGGAAAACUAUGUCCCUGGCAAACUUUCUGAGAUGGGCCUAGGGUAUGAAGAUGUAGACAAGAUUGCUCCUCACAUCAUCUACUGUUCCAUCACAGGGUACGGCCAGACAGGGCCCUUGUCUCAGAGAGCAGGGUACGAUGCUAUCGCUUCUGCUAUGUCUGGUCUGAUGCACAUUACAGGGCCCGAGGAUGGAGAGCCUGUUCGCCCAGGAGUGGCCAUGACUGACCUUGCCACUGGCCUGUUUGCCUAUGGAGCCAUUAUGGCUGGCCUCAUACGACGUUACAGAACUGGAAAAGGACUGUUCAUUGAUUGUAAUCUAUUGUCAUCUCAGGUGGCAUGUUUGACCCAAGUAGCUGCUAAUUAUCUUAUUGGUCAAAAGGAAGCAAAACGCUGGGGCACAGCUCAUGGCAGCAUUGUUCCUUAUCAGGCUUUUAAAACCAAGGACGGCUACCUUGUAAUUGGAGCAGGAAGUAACCAGCAGUUUGCUGUUGUAUGCAAGGUCUUGAAUUUGCCUCAGUUGAUUGAUGAUUCCAAGUAUAAAACGAACCAUCUUCGGGUGCAGAAUAGAAAAGAGCUUAUUAAAAUCCUAUCUGCAAGGUUUGCAGAAGAAGUAACCGCCAAGUGGCUUUGUCUCUUUGAAGGAAGUGGGAUCCCAUACGGCCCAAUCAACAGUAUGAAGGAUGUGUUCUCUGAAGCUCAGGUAUUGCACAAUGGCCUCGUUAUGGAGAUGAAUCAUCCCACUGUGGGGAAGAUUUCAGUACCAGGUCCAGCUGUGAGAUAUAGCAAGUUCAACAUGUCAGAGGCAAAGGCACCUCCCCUGCUGGGACAGCACACGAAGCACAUCCUGAAAGAGGUCCUCAGAUAUGAUGACAGGUCUAUAGGGGAGCUACUCAGCUCUGGUGUGAUACAACAACAUGAAACCAAGUGAGAGAGGAGAAUGCAUCAGAAAACUGCCCCUGGCUGGCCCAGACUAUGCUCUGUGCAUGCCUCUCCCUAGUCUUGAGCCCACUGAAAGGCAGAGUGAGAAAUGCAGUAUCCUGCCUGGAAGCUCCUUGGAUGACCUUAAAGUCUUGUGCCCAUUUAAAAACUUACUAUUUUGACUUUUCCCCUAGAAAAUAAUUUGUUGGUUUGUGGACUUUGAUUAAUUCUAUUGUUUUCAUCCGUAAGAACUGAUGACCAUUUGGUGAAAGAAUGUUGUUCUGAUUUGAUUACUCCACAAUGUACAUAUGUAUGGAAACAUCACGUUAUGAACUGUGGUUUCGAUUUGUCAAUUGAAAAUAAAACAAAAUAUAAUUUUUUUUC